CCGGCCUCCACAGUCUGGCGCUCUCUGCUUUUCUCACCGCGCAGCCUUUUUUCAAUCCUCCUCCUCAAACUGUAAGUGUCCGGACACAAACUGCCACAUUCCUGCGGACAACUUUCAAUACUGCUCAUGAGCUUUUCAUUCCUACCGACCAGAGGAAACAUUUGGACAACACCUGGACACUCUCACUUCCUGGUUAUAUAACUUUUGUUGCACUUGAACAACUCCUUUACAUUCCUUAAGACUUUGGCUCGGGACGGACAUCCGUUUUUUCCUCAUUCAAAACAACGAUUUAAGUAUUUUUCCGCGUCUUAAUAUAAAUAUCAACACACCAAAUAAGCGGCAGGGCUAAUAUCCUGCGUUUUGUUUGUUUGCACAAGCCAGAAAUAGUCUUAACUGAUUUUUCUACCUGUAGUCUUAAAUUAAGUAACAAAACAGUCAACAAUGGCAGGUAUGAACUCUCUGGAUGCUGUGAAGAGGAAGAUUCAGUGUUUGCAGCAGCAAGCCGACGACGCAGAGGACCGAGCUCAGGUCCUGCAGAGAGAGCUGGACGGUGAACGGGAGCUCCGAGAGAAAGCCGAGGGUGAUGUAGCAGCUCUGAACCGUAGGAUCCAGCUGGUGGAGGAGGAGUUGGACCGAGCCCAGGAGAGGCUGGCCACAGCACUGCAGAAACUGGAGGAGGCUGAGAAGGCCGCGGAUGAGAGCGAGCGAGGGAUGAAGGUGAUAGAGAACCGAGCAAUGAAGGACGAGGAGAAGAUGGAGAUUCAGGAGAUGCAGCUGAAGGAAGCCAAACACAUCGCAGAGGAGGCUGACCGUAAAUACGAGGAGGUGGCUCGCAAGCUGGUGAUCCUGGAGGGAGAGCUGGAGAGAGCUGAAGAAAGGGCUGAGCUCUCAGAAUGUAAAGCCAGUGACCUGGAGGAGGAGCUGAAAAAUGUGACCAACAACCUGAAGUCCUUAGAAGCCCAGUCUGAGAAGUACUCAGAAAAAGAAGACAAGUAUGAGGAGGAGAUCAAAGUUCUGACUGACAAACUGAAGGAGGCUGAGACCCGUGCAGAGUUUGCAGAAAGGACAGUGGCCAAACUGGAAAAAUCCAUCGAUGACCUGGAAGAGAAACUAUCACAUGCCAAAGAGGAAAAUCUGGGCAUGCAUCAAGUCCUGGACCAGACCCUGCAGGAAUUGAACAGCUUAUAAACACACGGAGAGGAAGUUGGAGAGGAUGAGAUCGUCAUAUAACAUUCCAUUAAUGUUCGACUCCAUUCCACAUUUCGAGCUGUAAAAUCUCUAUUCCCUGCGUAAAGGGGGAUUAACUUAAUGCUUGUCCCUUGAUGUGUUUUUUUUCUUUUUCUAAGGCACAACUUUUUUCUUUUUUUUUUUGUGUAUGAUGGGAAGUCAUUUUAAACCCAUCGCUUCUUUUGUAUCUCCAGCUGUGAUUGCAGAAAUUCUCUCCUGGAAUGAUUUUGACCACUUAAAUAGAAAACAACUGGCAGUAAAUACACCCAAAGAAACCUCAGACCGCUUAAACUGGCCCAAUUUGACUUUUUAUGUGCACAUACAUUAAGCCUGUCCAAUUACUUUAAUGCAUAGGCUACAGAUGACAUUGGGUUUUACUCAAGUCUACCUAAGCAUGGCUCUCAAGUGCCACCCAGUGGUCAUAUGAAGUUAUUGAACAGACAUUUGACUUCUCUGUGCCCGUCUCAGCAGUAUCCUCCUAAAUCCACGUGUAUGUGUUUAAACAGCAUUACGGUCAAAUGGACAGGUGACCAUAUGGAAAGGUUUCAGUGACAACUACCCUAGUCACUGUAGCUGCUCAGUUACUCCAGGCCUCUGUACAUUUAAUUAAAAGUAACACCUACUCUGCGAACUCCUGAUGACUAUGAAGCCUACAUGUUGAAGAAAUGCAGAAUAUUUACAGUGCAGUGUCAAUUUUUUUAAUCUACCACCUUCCAGAUGUGGCAGCCUGUGCAGAACCUGAGCGCUGUGCAUAUUGUACCUGCAGUACCUUUCCUAAAGCGUUACCUGACUAUUUACACCAUCAGCAUCGUUGCCAACAAUAUGCCAUAAUGUAGCCCAUAUUUACUAGAUUUACAAUAUAUGGUAUUGCAUGAGCGAGCUAAACCCCAAACCACUGGAAGCUCAGUUAAGUUUUAUCAACCAUGGAUACUUAUUGUAUAUAGUAGAAUAAUUUUAGGUAUGUGGAAAGUUGUAUUGCUUUUGAUUUUUUUUUUCUUUUUGUCUUUCAUUUACACCACUUCUUUAUGCCAGGGGAACUCUCAAGACCAAAGAACACUCAUACCACGGACAAUAAAUUCUUAAAAUGUUUUAUUUUUGUUUGUGAUGGUCAUCAUGGUUUCAUCUCAUGCCAGGGCCAUGAUAAGCUCCUCACAUUUGAUCGAGACCAUUUUGAAAUAUUUCAUUCACCAACACCCCCCCCUCUAUGUCAACCUAAUAAAUGUUUUACAGAAAUCC